AAGAUAUAACAAGCGUUGAACGGAAUUUCUGAGCGUCUCAAAGAGGGAAGUUAUUUAAUAGCCAUGGCUAGCGACGCCGCCGCCGUUGAUAAGGCGGCGAAACCACUUCCGCGGAAGCACAACAAGCCGGACCAGACGAGGCGACACCGUUCGAUAUUUGAAGCCCCGCCGAACUUCUUCGAUUCCUGCCGCCUCUUCAACUCCACCUCCUCGGAUUUUGAAACUUCGCCCGACGAUGGCGUUGAAGAAUCGAAAUCGGAAAAAGAAGCUUCCGAAAACACCAAUCAUGACGGAAAUGUUAAUAGCAGUGGUAAAAUUAUGCAGAGAUGGUCUUGCAAUACGUGUAAGGGGGAGUUUGAGUCUCUCCAAGACCAGCGCUACCACUUCAAAUCCGACCUGCACCGUUUCAAUAUAAAGCUAAGCAUUGCUGGAAAGAGCAUCCUUAACGAGGAAGAUUUUGAUGAAGCAAGUGCAAAUUCAUUGUCUAAAGACUACGACGUGUCAAGUAUUUCUGGAUCAGAUGACGAGGACGAGAGAGAGACUAGUCUUCUUGGUGACAGGAAACGUGAAUUCGGUGGACUAUCAAAACGUAAAAUAUGUAUAAAACUAAAAGAUGGGGAGAUAGUUUCAGUCUUGAAAUGCUUAUUUCUUGAUGACUCUGAUAGUAUUUCAUAUGACACUGAUAAGCCCCAUUUCAUGGAUGGGGCUGGAGUUGUAUAUUUGACCCCAAGAGAAGUGAUUGAAAAGCUGAGAUACAUAGUUCAUGAACCUAGAGAUAACUCCAGAUUGAGGAUUGUCUUACUUGCAAGGGGUGGGCAUUUUGCUGGGUGUGUAUUUGAUGGGAAUUCACUUGUGGCUCAUAAGACAUUUCACAGAUAUGUUGUGAGGGCCAAGGCUGGUAAAAAACAAUCAUUAAAAGACGCAGGUGGACAAGCUAUUCAUUCUGCUGGGGCUUCACUUCGUCGCUAUAAUGAGCUUGGUCUCAAAAAGGAUAUCCAAGAACUACUUACUUUAUGGAAGCCUCAUUUUGCCAUGGCCUCCUGCAUCUUUAUUUAUGCUCCUUCUAAUAACCGUCAACUACUUUUUGAUGGAGAAAAACCUUAUUUCAUCUGUCAAGAACGUGCAAUAAGAAAUAUUCCGUUGACAGUUAGGAGGCCAACCUUGAAGGAAGCUAGGCGAAUAUACAGCUUGCUUGUACAAGUUUCCUCCGAGAUCGUUGAGGAAACAACCCCUGAUACAAAAGAGGAAUCAUUAUCUAGUGUAAAGAGUGGAAACCACAGCUAUACUGAAUCCAGUGGAUUGAAGUCCAAAGAAGAUUCAGAUGGUACAAAAGUUGCUGAAGCCAGUUCCUUAGUAUCUCAAAUGGAUGGUUUGUCUGUUUCGUAUGAAUCCAAAGAUGUGCUAAAUGCUGUUGGCAUAUCAACACUUUUGCAUGAAGCAGCAAAGUCUGGAAACGUUCAAAAAGUUCUGGAAUUCCUAGAGCAGGGUUUAGAUCCUUGCAUUAAAGAUGAGAGGAGCCAAACACCAUAUAUGCUUGCCACUGACAAGGAGGUUAGAAAUACGUUCAGACGCUUCAUGGCAUCAAACAUGGAAAAAUGGGACUGGCAUGCUGCAAAAGUACCCAGUCCUUUGACAAAAGAGAUGGAGGAAUCUCAAGCAGCUAAGCAGGCAGAAAAAGAUGCCAAGAGGAAAGCCAAAGCGAAAGAGUUAAAGAAAGUUAAGAAAGCGAAAGAAAAGAAGGCCCAGGUUUGUCUCCUUUUUGUUUUGCUUGCCCACGCUGAAGCUACUGAAUCCAGUAAUAACUCGUCUAAGCCCGGUAAUCCAGGAAGUUCUUUAUUAACUACUAAAGGCCAGUCUCACUCUACCGGUUCAGCAGCAUCAAAAGAGGAGGUGCUUAAAAGAAAUCAAGAUGCGGAGAGGGAAAAGAGAGCUGCAGCCGCAGAGAGGCGAAUCGCAGCAUUAAAAGCUCAAGAAUCUGCACCAGUUGCUGCUCCAAGUAAUCUGCAGUCAAAUAAUUCAAGUGGAAGUGAUGUCUUAUGCUCGUGCUGUUUUGUGUCGUUGGCUGGUAUAGUACCCUUUCAUCGAUACCAUUACAAAUACUGCAGCACUUCAUGCAUGCAUGUGCACAGAGAGAUCCUUGAAGAUGGAUGAACAGUUUCGGAUCAUUGGCCUUCUCUUUUCCAAUUUUUUUUCCAGAAAUAUUAAUGGAUAUAUACAUUUUUGGGUUUGAGAUAGUCUUAGAUUUUUGGUCGCUGCAGUUUUUGUUUUCCUCUUCUACUCUUGACAUUCUAUUUUAAUAAUGUUAAUGAAAAAUAAAUCUCUAUUGGCUGGUA